AUGCUGGACUACUUUGUUGCUAUUGCUGUGGCCCUCGUGGGCCUGCUGGUGGUGUACUUUAUGUUCCAGAGCAUCAACCGCGCAGAGGUGGUGGCGGUGGCCGCCGUGCCGCCGGAGGAGCGAAAGUCCCGCGCCCGCAAGACGGUAAGAACCCCGCGCCGCAACGACACGGAACUCGACCGCGAGACGGAGGAUCUCAUCGCCCGCGAGGUCGCCCGCCAGACGACUUCGAUGCGAUCCGACAUUCGGGUCGCGCAGCCAACACUGCUGGAGAACCUCCGAAAGGAGGGCAACAGCGGCAGAGGCAAGACCCAAACACAUGUCUCUGAGCACGCUGCGGAAAAGCAGAUGCUCAUUGAUAAGGAACUGGGUUUCCAGACUGUCACUAACCAGCCAAAGGCGCGUAAGGCUCCAGCAUCUAAUGCAGCAGCAUCCGUGCCAUUCACCCAAGAUGAGGAGAUGGACCGUAAAUUGGGAUUGUUCUUCAGUAAUAACCGAAAGGAUAAGAAACCGCUUAAGUUUACCUUAAAUGAUGAACAACCCACUGGAAAUGGUGCUCAAGUGGUGGUGAAGAAGGAUAUUAGUAAUGCUCGUAGCUGGUAA